UCAUACAAAACUGCACGAUACAAAAGUAUAGAUUUUCAUAUAUGUUUUCCUCACAAAUACCAAACGUCAAAACUCAAUGUCGUCGAAUGGCAAAAUAAGCAAAAUAAACCUAAAAGACAGUUGUGCCGGGUGCUGAAAUUUAAAUUUAUUUGAAUUGUUCUUCGGUGUGAAUAGAAAAUAAGUGAGAAAAUAAAUUAGCCAAAUGGAUUCCGCCUUAUUGUCGGUAUUGGCAGUGUAUGAAGAAAUCGGAAUACUUCGUUAUAAUCGACGGAAUCUGCGCACAUCCGGUAAUUUAAUGGAGCUUUCAGACGAUGCAUUCAUUAAAAGCUUUCGUUUGAAUAAAGAGGCAUUCCGAUACGUUUUGGAGGAAAUUGAACACGAUUUUUCCAACACAAAGAAAAGUGGCAUUCAUGUUAAGGAAAAGCUGGCGGCGUGUUUGAGAUUUUUCGCUGAGGGAAACUACCAGCUUGGAGCGGGAAAAGAUUUCCAUAUUGCGAUGGCACAGUCCACUUUUUCUAAGGUGUUAUCUGAAAUGCUGAACAUACUGGAGCGAAGAUUAUGUUCUAAGUGGAUAUCAUUGGAAAUGUCGGAAAAUGAACAGCGACGUGCCAAGCUUUAUUUCUAUGAGAAAUCUGGAAUUCCAGGAAUAAUCAUGUGUGUUGAUGGAACACAUAUAAAAAUAAUUCCCCCUAAUCAGAAUCGAAAUUUAGUUUAUAAUCGAAAGGGGUUCUACAGUCUGAACGUUCUCAUUGUUUGUGACGAUCAGCAGAGGAUCCGUUUCGUUGAUCCUAGCUUUCACGGAUCUAAUCACGAUGCCCAUAUAUGGCGAAUAAGCCCUGUACGAACGUAUUUCGAGCAGAUGCAUCGAAACGGCGGAACACAAACUAAAAUACUGGGUGAUGCAGGCUACCCAUCGAAAUCAUGGCUGGUAACGCCAUUCAGAGCUCCGGAAGAAGGCAGUUUGGAAAGCGAUUUCAACCAGAGGCAUGCUUUAGGUCGAGGCAUAGUCGAACGAACAAUCGGUGUUCUUAAAAAUCGUUUUAGAUGUUUACUUGGAGCGCGACAACUACAUUAUACUCCUACAAAAUGUGCUCAAAUUGUGAAUGUGUGUUGUGCACUUCAUAAUAUAUGUUUGGAAUACGGAUGCUCUCAGUAG